CGGUUGCGCACACUUGAAUCAUGUGGCGCGGAUGUUUUGUAACCAAACGACCAGCAGACCUCUGGAACCAGAAAAACAAUGGAACCAGAAAACCACUGGAACCAGUAGACAGUACAGGUCUGGCUGCAACCAGUCCGUAGAGAGUACUGGUCUGGUGGGAUCCAGUCUGUAGUGAGUACAGGUUCUGGUACUGGUUCUGCGUCUCGUCUGCGGGGUGAUGGUCGAGGGUCCGGGCGUCGCGCUGAACGGGGAGAGGAUCCGGGCCAAGGUGAAGAAAGGCCAGGAGGUCCGGGCCGUGAGGGGGGUGCAGGGCGCCGCGGGGGCCCUGGACGCGCUGCGGGGGGCCCGGUUCAACGGAGUGGACACCCUGGGGAAGGAGCUCUUCCUCUACUUCGGCCUAAGAGCACUGAGGGUUCACUUCGGCAUGAACGGGUCGAUGCGGAUCAUGUCCGGGACGCCGGGAAUCAAACCCGUGGCCGCGGAUAGCAAGACGCCUGUGCUGGAGCUCCACCUGACCGAUGACAUCAUCCGUUUUUACGAAAGCACGUCGGAGCUCAGGCAGACGGAGCAGUGUGAGAGCAGGGUCUCCUCAAUGCGCUCCCUGGACGUCUGCUCCUCCUCCUUCAGCUCCUCACGGGCGGAGGAGGUGCUGAGGAGUCAGGGCGGGCGGAUGCUCUGUGACCUCCUACUGGAUCAGCACCUCCUCCCCGGGGUCGGGAACAUCAUCAAGAACGAGGCGCUGUUCGAUUCUGGGCUCCACCCCGCCGUCACGGCUAAGCAGCUGUCUGAGCAGCAGCUGCGUCACCUGGUGAAGAUGACCCGGGAUUUUACUCUGCUCUUCUACAAGUGCCGGCGGUCUGGCUCCGCCCUCUCCAGACACUACAAGGUGUACGGCCGGCCCGCCUGCGCCCAGUGCUCCACCUCCAUCACCGUCUGUCGCCUAGGAGACGGCGGCCGCAUGACCUACUUCUGCUCCCACUGCCAGAGCGCCGACCCAAGCCAAGUCAGCACCAGUAAACUUCCUGUGAGGAACAGCCUGAUUGGUUGGGUCACCAAGGAGGGGUCCAAUGAGGAGGUGGCGACCAAGGAGGAGGAGGAGUGGGCGUGUCCCCGCUGCACACUGGUCAACCGCCCCUCGGCGGGGUCAUGUGACGCCUGCCUCGCCUCGCGGCCCCACGUCCCCAGGGAGCAGAGCACCUCCUCCUCUCUCAUUAAGUUCCCCUGCACCUCCUUCUCCCGCCCAGCAGAGGAGCUCAAGGUCAACUGGAGGUCAGUGUUCGGCACCUCCACCCUCAUCUUCUCCGACCUCACCCCCCCUCCCCCCUCAGGGGGCGGGGCUACUAGCCUGCCCCGACCCGGAGGGGGCGUGGCCACUGGUGGCGUCCGGCGGCCUGCAGGGGGCGGCUGCGAGCAGCCGACCAACAAGAAGAUGAGAAUUGAUAACGCCCGUGCCCCCGGUAACAGCGACCCCGGAUACAGCGCCCCUGGUUACGGUGGCAACCCCGGUAACGGCCGUACCCCCGGUUACAGGGCCCCCAAUUACGGUGGCACCCCCGGUAACGGCCGUACCCCUGGUUACAGCGCCCCCGGUUACGGCGUUCCCCCCGCUAACACCAGUGCGUCGCCAGCGGUUGACGGAGAGGGGGCCCCCUGCUGUGAGGACCACCAGCGGCCCUCCAGCCUGCGCUCGGUCCACAAGGACGGAGAGAACAAGGGGCGGAGCUUCUACUGCUGCUCCCUGCCCCGCCCCGCCCAGUGCAGCUUCUUCCAGUGGGCGGACCUGGGCUUCCCAGAGUGUGGCCACGGGCGACGCAGCGUCCGGAGGGCGGUGCUGAAGCUGGGCGCCAACAACGGGCGGAGCUUCUACUGCUGUGGCGCCAAGAAGGGGAAGCAGUGCGAGUUCUUCCAGUGGGCGGAGUCCUCCCCGCUCCCUGGCUGCUGAUUGGUCCAUGGAGGAGGAAGGGGGGUGGAGUCCUCCCUGCUCCUCUGCUGCUGAUUGGUCCAUGGAGGAGGAAGGGGGGCGGAGUCCUCCCCGCUCUCUGGCUGCUGAUUGGCCCAUGGAGGAGGGGUCUUAACAGAACUCAAAGGGUCUCAGAACAUUGAUUGGAGGGUUAAAAGGUUUUACUAGAAAUUAGUACUAAAAUAAACAUUACACUGAAUACUUCUCAUAUCAAA